AUAAACACCACACACACACACAGCUCGGUAAAGUGUCACGCUCCUCUGCACGAGAAAGAAGCUCGACUACUUUUUAGUAUUAUUAGCGAUUUUUAAACGUUCCCCCAAUAAAGGGACGUAGUUUACGAACGUCGGGUAAAAGAACGAAAACAAAUAUGGUGAAACGCUUCGGUUGUAGCGUCGCAGCGUCUCGGUUGUUGAGCAGAAACCGGCUGUGAUAAUCUGUACAAAGUGUACGCUGCGAAGAGAUUCAAAACAAACAAGUAAAGUACUUUCAACUUUUUUUUAUUCUUUUUAAAUUUUCACUUUCGAGGCUUUUUGUUCGAGGCUUUGAAAUGGACCGAGGCGGUUGCCAGAUGAGCGGCGGCGGCGGCGGAGGAAACGGAAUGAUCACCCUGGAGGACCUGGAGGCUUUCACCGAGGAGCAGCUCUCGGACGCGGGCAGCCUGGAGGAGGAGGGCGCGGACAUGGAGGCAGACGGCUCCGGCAGAAUGCUGCAGUACUGGCAGGAGGUGGCGAGGGGGCACCAGGUGGAGGUCUCUCAAGAUAUGGCAGAACCCAUCCAGCAGCUAAGCAGCAACAACCACGGACGCAGUCAAAGAGAGCAUGUUCCUUUUACGCUCCUCGUGCGAAAAGAGAAGUGUGGGGAGGUGCUGUUUGAGAAACGCCACUAUGAAAAGGGCCACUGGGCUUGUAUAACGAUGCGCGAGGACACGUAUGAACAGAGCAUCUGCUAUGGUUUUAUGAGGAUAAUGAGAUACAUCUGCCAGCAGAACUCCAUACGUGACUACCUCGGCAUGACGCUGCCCAUUUUGACAGUAGUGAGGACAGAUGCGAACCACUCGGUGCUCUCUCAAGAUGUCACCGUGGCGUACUACCUUCCUCUGGAGCACCAGGACCAACCCCCACACCCUGAUGACAACGAGAUCAUCAUAGAGGUCUGGCCUGCCACUACUGUAUACACAAGGGCUUUCACUGGUCCCACCAAUGAAGUGACCAUCAUCAAUCAGAUCAGCGCCAUGGCUGAGCUGCUGGACUCUCCAGGUGUGUGCGUCAACGACUCGUUCAUCGUGGCCGGCUACACCAACCCUGCCCACAGCAACCGGCAGAACGAGAUCUGGUUCCUGGAGCGCCGCUGAUGGGACGGCCGCACCACCACCCCCACCCGCCUGCGACCCUUUGAGCCUCAAACUCUUAACGCUGCCCCAGCCUCAGGUGCAUCAUCUUUAGUCAUCCCUAUCUGAAGUGACCACAAGCCUAGCACACUCCGGAGCACAUACGUUUUCAUUUAUCAAAGAAAUAACACCUACUUUAUUUCUUUGCCCUUCACUUUCAUAUUAAAUAAAUCUUUAUUUUCCUCACGCAAUAGGGAACCGUACUUAACCACUGCCAUAUUCUCAUGAACACAGACCAGAUGCUGUAGAGAAGCACUGCAUUUACCUCCUGCUUUGUGAUGGAUACAGACCCGUUUUCUUUCUUAAUACAAAUGUUGAUCGUAUCAACUGUUGGUGCUCUGUGGUUGUGGUGGCCAUCGAGUGGUGUUAGGAACACGCAGCCGUCUGUCUGUUCACAAAGACGGGCUUCAGCUGGCACACAGCCUUAAGUCGGCCAUGUUGGUGGCACCAUCUGUUGCUUAUGGAGCGGUCACUGUUGCUCCAUUCUUUCUUUCUGUAUGUCCAAAACUCUUAAAUACAGCUCAUACUGCAGAUUUAGUUUCAACCGUGGCUGCAAUAUUUACAAAGACAGUUUCCGGGCCACAACGAACCCUAAUCCAACUCUGUUAGCGAUGUGGACAGAGAUCGGUUCAACAGAAAUCAUCCAAACCAGAACUAGUGUCCUCAAACAUGUUUAACAUCAAAACAGAUGGUGAUUUAAAAACUGUGAACACGGCGUGUUCAUGCGUUUCAAACUGUAAAGCUCCAGCAUCCAACACAAAGAACGGGUCUCUCUGCUGAAUGACAAUCAAAACUUCAAACAGAUCCUGUUCGAUCCUUUCUCUGCAGUUGGUGAAACAAGGUAAUAUUACAUUAAAAGUAUUCAUUAGUGUACUUUUUAAUCUUUCUACCUUUUAAGUUAGCGUCAGUAAUGUAUUGCGAACACCACUGCUGUUAAUUAGAAGCGAUGCAACCACAAAACAUAAGUGCACGGAUCAUCUACUGUGAUUAUAGUUCUGUACGUAAAACUAAUGUUUCUUAAUAUUCUGUCAUCAGUCAAGAAAUGCAAAGAUGAUGGGAAUUUAAAGAGAGCGAGCCAAAUCAUCACUGUGGUGAUUUUUACUCUGACAGGAAUGUUUAUAAAUCUAAACUGAUGUUGAAUGGGUGUAAUUGGAAACCAGAAGUUAAUAUUUUACACAAUUCUCCAAAAAGUGUGCAAUAAAAUUAAUAGUUUUGGGGGUUGGGUUGGUAGUGUUAUAAUAAAGUUGAAUUAAAAAUCACUUAUUUGACAGAGAAAUCCAAAGAAUUGAUUUUGAAUUGAAUGUUAAUAGCAAUGAUCUGUGAGAGCACUGUCAUGAUACAUGUAGGCAGGUUUUGUUUUUCUCAUAAAAAAAAUCUACUUCUUACUUUCUUGUUCUUUUUUUUUAUUGUUUUGUGACGUUGUAAUGUAUUGUAAUAAUCCACAUGCAACAUAUUAUUGCUGCUGUAGUUUUCUUUGUUGA